UCGGGGAUGCCGGGAUGUUUAUACUCCUGACAGCGGCGGCCGCAGGAGGAGGAGCGGGAGCCGCGGGAGGAUGGGUCGCCGCUAGGGUCGCACUCUGGACGCGCCUCGCCGUGCGCAGGGUGGGUGCCCGCGCCUGCAGCGUCCGCGGGGGCGGCGCGGCGGGAGGUGGUCGAUCGGCUCCGGGCCUUGGAGGCACAGACCCCGGCCUAGCGUGCCUCUCCGCGGCGGCGCCUCACCGAGCCGCCCGCCUCUCCCGGGUCCCUCGCGGGAGGGAGAACGGAAAACUCCCAACUUCCUGAAUUCUAAAGUUCCUGUUGCUUCAGACAAUGGAUGAGCAAUCACAAGGAAUGCAAGGGACAGCUGUUCCUCAGUUCCAGCCGCAGAAAGCCUUACGACCGGAUAUGGGCUAUAAUACAUUAGCCAACUUUCGAAUAGAGAAGAAAAUUGGUCGUGGACAGUUUAGUGAAGUUUAUAGAGCAGCCUGUCUCUUGGAUGGAGUACCAGUAGCUUUAAAAAAAGUGCAGAUAUUUGAUUUAAUGGAUGCCAAAGCACGCGCCGACUGCAUCAAAGAAAUAGAUCUUCUUAAGCAACUCAACCAUCCAAAUGUAAUUAAAUAUUAUGCAUCAUUCAUUGAAGAUAAUGAACUAAACAUAGUUUUGGAAUUAGCAGAUGCUGGUGAUCUAUCCAGAAUGAUAAAGCAUUUUAAGAAACAAAAGAGGUUAAUUCCUGAAAGAACUGUUUGGAAGUACUUUGUUCAGCUCUGCAGUGCGUUGGAACAUAUGCAUUCUCGACGAGUCAUGCAUAGGGAUAUAAAACCAGCUAAUGUGUUCAUUACAGCCACUGGAGUGGUGAAACUUGGAGACCUGGGACUCGGCCGGUUUUUCAGCUCCAAGACCACAGCUGCACAUUCUUUAGUGGGUACACCUUAUUACAUGUCUCCAGAGCGAAUACAUGAAAAUGGAUACAACUUCAAAUCUGACAUAUGGUCUCUUGGCUGUCUACUAUAUGAGAUGGCUGCACUGCAGAGUCCUUUCUACGGUGACAAAAUGAAUUUAUACUCACUGUGUAAGAAGAUAGAACAGUGUGACUACCCACCUCUCCCUUCAGAUCACUAUUCAGAGGAACUACGACAGCUAGUUAAUAUGUGCAUCAACCCCGAUCCUGAGAAGCGACCAGACAUCACCUAUGUUUACGACAUAGCAAAGAGGAUGCAUGCAUGCACCGCAAGCAGCUAAACACGUGGAAGAUCAUGAAGAACAUAACCAAAAUAAUUUAAAGUAUUUUUGUGCAAAUCAUACCUCCCUAUUUUUGUCUGGGUGUUAAGAUUAAUAUUUCAGAGCUAAUGUGCUUUGAAUCCUUAACCAGUUUGCAUAUAAGCUUCAUUUUGUACCAUUGUAAGUCACCUUCUUGCAAACCCCAAAUGACUUUGGAAUAAUCAAACUGCAUGUUAGGAGAGUAAAUGAAAACAUGAUGGUUUUUAAUGGCUAAAGGUUUUUAGAAUUAUUUGGACUUUUCUGCUGAUAAAAUUGUGUUCAGAUAGACUCUCGGUGCCAAAUAUUGAAGGUAUAUCUUGGCACACAUCAGAAUAGAUUCAGAACCUGAGGAAAACAAUCUGAACGUGUGAUUUGUUUGCUUUUCUGUCAUUUGUGGAUGUUUGAGAUGAACACAAUUGUGAACUUUCGUGAUUAUUUUAUUUUUAAACAUCUGAAGUAUGUGUUUUAGUUCUUAGCAUUGUAGUUUUCAAAUAUAAUUCUUAAGAUAAAUGUAGACAUAAACUAUUUGAGCUUAAAAUUUAAAAUUCUUAGCUUACACAUUGAAAAUGCAGCUGUUAAAUGUGAAAAGGUUUGGGGGCAAAAUGUGAGUCAGACACUGAAGAUUUGUUUUAAUAUCUUUGAUAUUCUCUUUGCAGUAAGAUGGUAUAAAUGAAUCCAUUUAAAAAGUGGUUAAGGAUUUGUUUGGCUGGUGUGAUAGUAAUUUUUAAAGUUGCACAUUACCCAAAGCUUUUUUUGUGUGUGUGUUUUUAUUAUUGUUUGUACAUUUGAAAAAUAUUCUUUGAGUUAUCUUGCAGUACUAUAUUUCAAUUUCUUUAUAAAUUUAAAUGCAGUUAAAUUCAUAAUUGUAUGCUAUAGUGUAAGCAUAUGUUUUUAUUCAUAGAUUUUAUGGAAGUUCUGAUUGGUUCCCUUCAGAAAUUUUUUAUAUUCUUCAGGUUACUUUUCUUAUUUAUGUUGUGAGUACAUUUUAUCCAUUAAUAUUUCAGAUUUUCUGAGAACACAAUACCGUUUUAAAAGAUACUUGGUAUACCGAUACUUUUCUUGAAUUGAAAACAUUUUUUAACUUUUUAAAAUUUGGGCCACCCUGUAUGUGUGCAUUUCAUCUUGUUAGAGAGGAAGAAAGGAUGUAUGUUGUGCCAUACCCAUGAAUGUUGAUACAGUUUCAAUUUGUUUGACAAACUUAUAAUAUUAGAAUAUGGUUUAAAAAAUGAAAACUGGCCAUUGCUACAGCGAGAAUUUUUAUGGGAUUAACAUUUCUGUUGAGAAGCUUUUAAACUAAGUACAAAGAUGGUAACGCUUUAUUUAGUUUAAGGAAAUAGAGUUGAAUAAAUGCUGUUGUGGAGAUGUCUUAUCCCUGAAUGUCUUCAUGUUAGUGAUGACCAGUUCCUCACAGAUCGUGAAGCCAAAGGCCUGAGUGGCAGUCACCGUUAAAGGACGCCGUGCCACCAUACAACCUUGGGAUCGAUCAUCCCAGCAACAUGGAAACCUCAUGUUCAGAGAACAUCUACCCUUAGCCGAUAGCACUGUCAUUUUUUUUUUUUUUAAAGUGUUUUUCUUACAAUCAUUUGAAUACUUUCAAGUCAUUUGUAAACUUGAAAAAUGUAUAAAGGGCAAAAAAGUGUAAACUCAUGUUUUUUUUCAAACUUUAAUCAGUUAUGUAUGAUUUCUGAAGGGUAGUUUUAUCUUGGGAUAGGCAAACCCGGUUGGUCCCAUAUUUGAUGCCUUAAUGCGUAAUUUUUCCCAGACUCUGAUGACUUAAAACCUUUACAUUGAAUAUCCACAUACUUCUCUCCAGAAGUGUGAGUAGAAUUGUUUUUGUUUUUGUUGAACAUUAAUGUUAAGUUCAUUUUAAGUUAAUAAAAUUGGUUAGGAUGAAGUGUCCUAUAGUUUACAGAGAUACUCUCCUUUUUCUUGCAAUCUUUAGGAAUACAUGGAUCUAAAAUUCAUUAGCUUAACCGCUCACAGUGACUUUUAAGCUUUACUUUUCAGUGAAUCUGUUGGCUAGAAGGAAAUAGCUGGGAAGAAUUUAAUGAUCAGUGAAACCCCUUAUGUUCUACAUGUGGAAAUGUUUUGGAUUUUUUAAUGUAAGUGUUCAUUUUUUUUUUGUUUUUUCUGAAGAAACCACUGUGUAAAAACUAAGUUUUAAUUUUGAAUGGGAUCAUUUCAAACAAUUAUGAAGAUGAUUAGAAGUUCUAAUUUUUUAAUCACCUAUAAAAUACUCUUUUUAUAUUUCUAAGUAAACAUUGUCUUAAUUAAGUUAAACAUUUGAAUUGAUUUUACAAACAGUAAUAUCAAAGGUACAUCUGAUUCUAAACCUUAUCUUGACAUUGGUACCAGUUACCCAUAGAAAAAUGUGGGAUGACUUUGUUCUGUAUGUGGAGGUUUAGGAAUGGUGGAUGAAGUGUAUCCCUAUAUAAAUAAAGUGCUCAGCAGUGUGCAAUUAUUGUAAAUUUAGUAAGCUAUUACAGCCAUUUCAUGAAUGCUUUUCCACUCUGCUAGUAUCUAUCACAAAACACCUUUCUUGUAUCCAUAGACUUCAGGUGUUGCUGUUAACAUUUACCGUGAUAUUUAUUUUAACCAAAAUGUUAUUCACAUUAAAUGUUUAUUCUUUAAAAUGAAUGUAUUAUGUUUAUAACCCACAAAUGCAUAAUUAUUCUAUGCCUCAUAUUUCAAUAGUACUGUAAUAUGGACUUCUUUGUGAAAUACUUUUAUUUUGUUAUGCUUUAAAUACACAUAUUAAAAAGAUUGUUACUAGCCUUGAGAAUUGUACAAUAUCCUAAUAUAAAUAAAAACAUAAAAAUAAAAAAA